AUGCACGCUGGCGCCCCGGCAGCCGCGCCGAUGUGCGCGGGGCGCGUGUGCGGGCGGGUGGCGCACCAGGCGGGGAUGAGGGCACCAACCAGGGCAGCCGUGAGGACCGCCGCCGCAGUGUCGUCCAAGGGGUCUCCGAUCACCGCGCGCAUCCCUGCGGUCAGCCGUUUCGACGAGGAACAGUACGUGAAGGAGUUGGAGAUGGAGAUGGGCAUGUGUCAGCUGCGCCGGUACUCGCCGGAGGGCGUUCAGGACGCGGUGAUCAAGAACCCCAGUGACGUGCUGACGGUCGUCGCUCGCGGGUACGAGAUGAUCUCGUCGAUCGUCGGGUACGCGGGCGCGCUGUGGCUGGACAGCCUGCGCGGCGAGGAGUACUCCGACACGCCCGAGGUGGUGAAGAAGCGGUCGGUGCAGCUGCGCGAGAUGCUCGUCGCGCUGGGCCCGACGUUCAUCAAGGCCGGGCAGGUCCUGGCGAACCGGCCGGACAUCCUGCGCGCGGACUACAUGAACGAGCUGUGCGUGCUGCAGGACGACGUGCCGCCGUUCCCGGACGAGGUGGCGUACCGCAUCAUCGAGGACCAGCUGGGGCGGCCGAUGGGCGAGGUGUUCUCGAGCAUCUCCGAGCGGCCCGUCGCGGCGGCCUCGCUGGGCCAGGUGUACAAGGCGCGCCUGCGGGAGACGGGCGAGGUGGUGGCGAUCAAGGUGCAGCGCCCGAACGUGGGCCCGGACAUCCUGCGCGACCUGGUGAUCUUCCGCUGGAUGGCCAAGUUCGUCAACUCGUGGGCCAUCUCGCGGCUGGGGUGCAACGCGGAGCUGAUCGUGGACGAGUUCGGGCAGAAGCUGAUCGAGGAGCUGGACUACGAGCUCGAGGCGGCCAACAUCAUGGAGUUCGGGAACAACUUCGCGGGCGACGAGACGGUGAAGAUCCCGUGGGUGCGGCGCGACCUGUGCGGGCCGCGCAUGCUGGUGAUGGAGUGGAUCGACGGGAUCCGGUGCACGGACCCGGACGGCAUCCGGCGGAGCGGGAUCGACGUGGCGCGCUUCAUCAAGGUCGGGGUCGUCUCCGGGCUGCGGCAGCUGCUCGAGUUCGGCCUCUUCCAUGGCGACCCGCACCCGGGCAACAUCUUCGCCAUGCGCGACGGGCGCAUCGCCUACGUGGACUUCGGGAACGUCGCGCAGCUGUCGCAGAGCAACAAGCAGGUCCUGAUCGACGCGGUCGUGCACGCGGUGAACGAGGACUACGAGGGCAUGGCCGUGGACUUCAUCAAGCUCGGCUUCCUGGCGCCGGGCACCGACACGCGCCCGCUCACGCCCGCGCUGGAGAAGAUCUGGAAGGACUCGAUGGGGCAGAGCCUGGAGGACUUCAACUUCCGCACGGUCACCGGCAAGUUCAACGAGCUGGUCUACCAGUACCCCAUCCGCAUCCCCGAGCGCUACUCCCUCGUCAUCCGCUCCCUGCUCACCCAGGAGGGCAUCUGCAUGACGCUCGACCCCAAGUUCCACUUCCUCGAGGUCGCCUACCCCUACGUCGCGCGCCGCCUGCUCACCGACGAGGACCCCGCGCUGCGCGAACGCCUCCUCGAGGUGCUCUUCCAGAACGGGCGCUUCCAGUGGCACCGCCUCGAGAACCUCGUGACGCUCGCGCGCGAGGGCGGGCCGGGCGGCGGCGGAAUCGACCUUUCGGACACGGCGCGCGACGCCGCCUCGCUGGUGCUCACCGACGGGCGCCUGCGCGCGCAGGUGCUGGGCGCGCUGACGGAGGACAACAGGCUGCACGUAGACGAGGUGAUGCGCAUUCUCGACCUCGUCCGCGAGGACAUCGACCCGCAGCGGCUGCUGCAGGACACUGUCCAGGACCUCCCGCGGCUGUCGCGGAGGCUCGCGCUGGCGUGGUCGGACUCGGUGCUGUCGCGGUAG